AUGCCCUCCGCAAACAACAUCGCCUACACAGCCCCAAUCAACCCUCCUGGAGAGACCCCGCUGAGCCGUGACCAGGUCUGGGCGGGCCUCCUCCUGAAGAUUCGCUCGGCCGAGACUUUUGUUCCUUCGGCGAUUGAGUCAACGGAGGUGCUCAGCGAGUCGGUGGAGCCGUCGACCGGGAAUGCCGUCACCAUCCGAGAAGUCGCCUUUCGAGAUUCAAAGUUGAGGAUCCAGGAGACCGUGAUGGCAUUCGAGCCCUGUCGUGUGGAAUUCGAGCAGGCCAACACCAGUGUCAGCAAUGUGAUCAGCGAGGGCGCUGAUGGGAGUCUCUACCUCACCUAUAUCUUCGAGUGGAGGCAUCCUGGUUGCUCCCCCGAGGAAUUGGCGAAGAAGCUAGGCAAGGAGAAGCGGAUGAGUCAACUCUCGGUCGAAGGCACGAUCAAAGUGCUUCGGCAGUUAGCGGAGGCCGGCCGUCUUUGA